CGCCGCCGCCGCCUGGCGCUUAGCGGGCACCGCCAGGUCAGAGACGCGUGAACGCCAUGGGCUGCUGCAGCUCCACCGCGCAGAGCUCUAAGCGAGAGUGGAAGCCUCUAGAGGACCACAGCUGCACAGAUGUUCCAUGGCUGCUCUUGUUCAUCAUCUUCUGCGUAGGAAUGGGUUUUAUCUGCGGCUUUUCAGUAGCUACAGGAGCAGCUGCAAGACUGCUUUCAGGAUAUGACAGUUAUGGAAAUAUUUGUGGACAAAAAAAUGUCAAAGUGGAGGGAAUAGUCAACAGUGGUCUGGACCUCACACACAAGAAGUAUGUGUUCUUCUUGGAUCCAUGCAACAUUGAUCUAGUACAUCAGAGGAUCAAAUCUCUUGCUUUGUGUGUGUCAGCUUGCCCAAGGAAAGAACUAAAAACUCUGGCCGAUAUUCAGAAAUUUGCAGAAACUAAUGGAUCCACUCUCUGUAGCUAUGAACUAACACCAUCAGAAUACACCACAGACCCAAGGGCUGCCAAGUUGUGUCCUAAAUACCCUGUUCCAGAGAGUGCACCUAUUCCAUUCUUCCAUCGCUGUGCUCCUGUGAACAUUUCCUGCUAUGCCAAGUUCGCAGAGGCCCUGAUCACCUUUGUCAGUGACAGUAGUGUCUUACACAGGCUGAUUAGUGGAGUUAUGACCAGCAAAGAGAUUAUAAUGGGACUUUGCUUGUUAUCACUAGUGCUAUCCAUGAUUCUGAUGGUUAUAAUCAGGUACAUUUCAAGAGUACUUGUCUGGAUUUUAACAAUUCUUGUCAUUCUGGGAUCACUUGGUGGUACAGGAGUCCUGUGGUGGCUGUAUGCGAAGCAACGAGUAUCUGUUGGUGUCGUUGAGACUCAAAUAGCCAAAGACAAUCUGCAGGCUCUCCUGGUCUAUGCCAUUUCAGCUACAGUCUUCACGGUUAUCUUGUUCUUGAUCAUGUUAAUUAUGCGCAAGCGAGUAGCUCUCACCAUUGCCUUGUUCCAUGUGGCCGGCAAGGUCUUUAUUCACCUGCCACUGCUAGUCUUCCAGCCAUUUUGGACAUUCUUUGUGCUUGUCCUCUUCUGGACUUACUGGAUCACAGUACUGCUUUUUCUUGGUACUACAGGUAGUCCUGUCCCAAAUGAAGAGGGAUUUGUUGAAUUUCGGAUGGUAGGUCCUUUGAAAUACAUGUGGUGGUACCAUGUAGUGGGACUCAUCUGGAUCAGCGAGUUUAUCUUAGCCUGUCAGCAGAUGACAGUAGCAGGGGCUGUUGUGACAUACUAUUUUACAAGGGAGAAAAGGAAUUUGCCAUUUACUCCUAUUCUGGCAUCUGUUAAUCGCCUUGUUUGCUACCACCUAGGAACAGUAGCAAAGGGGUCUUUCAUAAUCACACUAGUAAAGAUACCACGAAUGAUUCUUAUGUAUAUCCAUACACAACUGAAAGGAAAGGAAAAUGCUUGUGCUCGCUGUUUGCUUAAAGCCUGUAUCUGCUGCCUUUGGUGUCUAGAAAAGUGCCUCACCUACUUAAAUCAGAAUGCAUAUACAGCCACAGCUAUCAACAGCACCAACUUCUGCACCUCAGCAAAGGAUGCCUUUGUUAUUCUGGUGGAAAAUGCUUUGCGAGUGGCUGCCAUAAACACAGUUGGGGAUUUUAUGCUGUUUCUAGGAAAGGUCCUGAUUGUUUGCAGUACAGGUUUGGCUGGGAUUAUGUUGCUGAAUUACCAACGAGAUUAUACCAUCUGGGUGCUGCCACUCAUCAUUGUCUGCCUCUUUGCAUUCCUGGUUGCUCACUGCUUCCUUUCCAUUUAUGAAAUGGUUGUUGAUGUCCUUUUCUUAUGUUUUGCCAUCGAUACAAAAUACAAUGAUGGGAGCCCUGGGAGGGAAUUCUACAUGGAUAAAGUUCUCAUGGAGUUUGUGGAGAAUAGUAGGAAAUCUAUGAAAGAAGCUGGCCGAGGAGGUGGAGCUGAGGGCAGAGAGCUGAAACCAAUGCUUGCCUAUCACCUGGAUGGCAGAGUUUUUGUCACAGCUGAGACCAUCUCCUGUAAAAGCCUCUGGAGCAAGUUCAUCUUGAAACUAGCCAGCCAUAUUGGAACCCAUUGACAUUCCAAAACAGUAUAUAUAUAUACAUAUAUACAUAUAUAUAUAUAUAUAAAGAUAUAAAUAAACAGCCAAAAUCAGAGAAAAGGAACAGGGAUUUAAUACUUUUUUUAACAAUUAUUUUUGUGAAACAUGUACUCUUUUCAUACGGGUGGCUUUUACAAGCAGCUUUAUCAUUGUUCCAUUUUUUAAAUUACUCAUUGUGGUCAUGGAAAUGUCGAUUCUUAUCUGCUUGAUAUUUUACAGUCUGGAGGAAGUGUCGUUGUAAAGAUAAUUUGAAAUGGUGAAUGAGUUCAGAGACAGAUUUCCCAUGACACUGAUGAUCUGUUUAGAGUUUUACUUGUUUAGUUUGUUUGAAAUUGCAUUACAUUCAUGACAGUGACACAUAAGGAAAACUUUCAAAUCAAGAAAUGUCUCGAAUUUGAUUUUUCAAAGAGUGAUUUCAGUGAGAGUUCAUUCAGUUCAAAUGGGUUUGUAAGCAGUCAUUUUACUUUACAGCCCUGGAAGGGCGCAGUUUUGUUUAUCAGUAUCAGAUAUCACAAUAACCAACUCCUCAGGUAUUCAGAAGUGUGGGAGCCCUUGCAUCUGCUGUUAAACAGAAACUACAAAAUGGGGACAGGCGAUUUUUAUAUGCAAUUAUCUUCCUGGUUUACCCUACUUACUGUUCAUACACAUUGCCCUCUCUCCUCCCUUUGAGUUCAGUAGCCUCAUUCACACUUCAGCAAUGCUCCUUUGAAGGGUAUGGAUUCUCCAUGUGAGCAAUUGGAAUAACAGGUUGUUAAAGCUUUGUCUUAGCCAUACUCAUGAUUAAUUCAUGACUAAAUAUAAAGAUGUUGAGGAUGGGAAGAGAG